GCGGGCUUAAGCGAUACACCGUGGUAAGCUACUGUUGAAAUUCCAAUGCUAACCAACUUUAGCCAGCGUGCUAACAUGUAAUACUACGAUUGUGGCGGAACCGCGCUUCUAUGACACGUCGGGACUCACUUUAUUUUGAUUUUCUGACUCGGAAAGGAUGGAAAAACCUGUUAUUUUCGGACACUGCGUAUGAGUAACUCCGCCGCAGCCCCGGACAUGACCAGUUAGCUGUCGGCGGAUAACCAAGCUGGCGUGUCCCGUGCCGAGGGAUUGGAGCAGGUUUCGCCGCCUUGAGGGGGACCAAAGCCGGAUGCUGUGACUACCAUGAGUCCCGCGGGCUGCCCCCAUGUCAACAGUUUCAAAGUGGACAACUGGAAGCAGAACCUAAGGGUUAUUUAUCAGUGUUUCGUGUGGAGUGGGUCGGCCGAGAGCAGAAAACGCAAGGCCAAAUCAUGUAUCUGCCACAUGUGCGGUGCCCACCUCAACAGACUCCACUCCUGCCUGUACUGCGUCUUCUUUGCCUGCUUUGCCAAAAAACACAUCCACGAACAUGCCAAGAGCAAAAGGCAUAACUUAGCUAUUGACCUGCUGUAUGGGGGCAUUUACUGCUUUAUGUGCCAAGACUACAUCUACGACAAGGACAUGGAACAGAUUGCCAAAGAAGAACAGAGGAAGGCCUGGAAAAUGCAAGGAAUUGGAGAGAAAUUCUCCACCUGGGAGCCCACAAAGAGGGAGCUGGAGCUGCUCCGGCAUAACCCCAAGAGGAGGAGAAUCACCUCUAACUGUACAAUAGGCCUGCGUGGGCUCAUAAAUCUGGGGAACACCUGCUUCAUGAACUGCAUCGUCCAGGCGCUGACCCACACGCCGCUGCUCAGAGACUUCUUCCUGUCUGACCGGCACAAGUGUGAAAUGCAGAGCAACUCGUGUCUGGUGUGCGAGAUGUCCCAGCUGUUUCAAGAGUUCUACUCAGGGCACCGCUCGCCUCACAUCCCGUUCCGGCUGCUGCACCUGGUGUGGACCCACGCCCGUCACCUGGCCGGCUACGAACAGCAGGAUGCCCACGAGUUCCUCAUCGCGGCGCUGGAUGUGCUCCACCGCCAUUGCAAAGAUGACAACGGCAAAAAGGCCAACAACCCCAACCACUGUAACUGCAUCAUCGACCAAAUCUUCACCGGGGGCCUGCAGUCUGACGUCACCUGCCAAGUGUGCCACGGCGUGUCCACCACCAUAGACCCGUUCUGGGACAUCAGUCUGGACCUGCCCGGCUCGUCCACGCCCUUCUGGCCCUUGAGCCCUGGGGGAGACGGAGCCGCUCUGAACGGAGAGAGCCACACCAGCGGAGCCACCACCCUCACAGACUGUCUGCGCAGGUUCACCCGGCCAGAGCACCUCGGCAGCAGCGCAAAGAUCAAGUGCAGCGGUUGCCAUAGUUACCAGGAAUCCACCAAGCAGCUGACCAUGAAGAAGCUGCCCAUCGUGGCCUGCUUUCAUCUCAAAAGAUUUGAGCAUUCGGCCAAACUUCGGCGGAAGAUCACAACGUACGUGUCUUUCCCCUUAGAGCUGGACAUGACUCCGUUCAUGGCGUCCAGUAAAGAGAGCCGGAUGAACGGGCAGUAUCAGCAGACUGUGGACCCAUUCAACAAUGAUAACAAGUACAGCCUGUUUGCAGUGGUAAACCACCAGGGUACACUAGAGAGCGGUCACUACACGACCUUCAUAAGGCAGCACAAGGACCAGUGGUUCAAAUGUGAUGAUGCCAUCAUCACUAAGGCCAGCAUCAAGGACGUCCUGGACAGUGAGGGGUAUCUGCUGUUCUACCACAAGCAGUUCCUAGAGUACGAGUAAGAGCCCUGGAGAGGCCGGACUUUGCUCCAUGUGCAUGGGACAUAAGGAAAAGCCCUUAGUGUACGACUGAGUGUACAGUCCAGUAUCAUGUACAGGCUCAGGCCCAGACUGUGGCUCUACACUGCAGACACAUCUGCAACAUUCAACUGUGAAUCUGGACUUCUCCUGGAGGACUGAGGUGUGACUGUGUGAGAGCUGCUUUCACCUGUCGCUCUGCACCUGUCACUAAGCACACUCCUACUCUACAUGUUUGCGCAACGCACCAUGACCAAAUAUGUCAAGUCAAAAUAAUGUCAUUGUGUAUUCUGAUCUCAAUGCAACGCGUUCUGAUUCUUCUUCAUGGACAAUGUGCCAGCGUUUUGUUACUGAUGUGAGUCACGACUGUAGAUACUUUUCUUUGUGUCCCUCGUACUUCACAGUCCUGAAGGAGGAAUGGAGGAAAUCUAUUUUUCUACAUACUGUACCUACUUGUUUGUCCAUUCUUACACUCAGUGUUGUUUGUGUUGCAUAGUGCGCUCAUUCUUUUUCUACACCACAGCAAAAAAGUGCACAUUCUGUGUUCAGCUGUUGGCUGUUCUUUUGUCUGGUUUCACCCUCAUGGUUGUGGUGUCCAUGUUUCACAUGUUGGUUAACUCUUUCAGGUAAACUACAGGCUGUUGUCAGUGGAGUGUGAGCUGCUCCUGCAGUGUCAGUGUGCCGCAUGUCGCUCUAUCUACUGUGUGUGUGCGUGUGUGUGUGUGUGUAUGGUGAGUAUGCAGUGAGUAUGCACGUGAGUGUGCACGUGCGUAUGUCCUAUGUGGUGUACUGAAUCAGUACUUGCAUUAAGCAUGCCGUCUGAGCUGGUAUCACAGUUUGAUGGACUGUUCACAUGUAUGUAUGUAAUAUGUACAUUUGUAUGUUCGAGACUAUGGUGAAACCUCAAUAGUUUGGUCUGGUCAUCAUUCCUCACAUGUAACUGCUGCAAGAACUGGAUCGUGUGAAAAACACUCGAAUAAAACAAACUCCAACAUGUCA